UGUCUUCAUUGGUGUCCAGGAAUAUUACCACACAGACAGAGCAGAAUGAUGCCGUGUUGUGCUGAUAAAGUUCUUGUUUUGAACAUACUGAUCAUCAUGUCAGAGGUUAAAUGUGGGACAAACGCGAUCACUUUCACUGCACCUGAAGGAGGAAAGGUGGAGAUACACUGUCCAUAUAAGUCUGGAUAUGAAGAACAUGAGAAGUAUCUGUGCAGAGGGAAAUGUCAACCUUUGUCUAAAGACAUACCUGUUAAAUCUGAAUCCAAACCUGACGAUGUUCGAUUCAGUCUGACUGAUAACUCAACAGCUCACAUCUUCACUGUCACCAUCACUGAUCUGAGAUUAUCUGAUGAAGGCACGUACUGGUGUUCUAUAAAGACAGGCUUUGGACGCAAUGAUGAUUAUACAGAGGUUCAUCUGAAAAUGACACAAGAUAAUAGAAGUUCAGUAAGCAGGAUAACAACGGCAACAAAAACAACAACAAUCAGCUCAACACAACCAGGAUCUCCCCAUUAUACAGUCAACACUGACACUAUGGCUUCAUCAUCACCAUCAUCAUUAUCACGUUUCUAUCCAGGACCAACAAAUCUAAAAACAGAUAUGACGGCGAUAAUCUCACUAUCGGUCAUGCUGACUCUUCUGUUUGGGCUUUCGCUCUUUAUGUACUGCACACGGAGAAACAAGACAAGAGAUUCUUCGCUGAUCAACAACGACACACUUCAAGAAAAUGCUGAAAAUAAUAUUUAUGUUAUUACUGGCAUUGAGGGACUUCGUGAUGUGAUAGACCAUCAGGACGGCUGUACCUGUUCAUCCUGUGUUCAUGUCAACAGUCAUCCACCCACAAACUCCUCUGAGACUGACACAACCAUUUAUUCUCUGGUUCAGUUCCACACAAAGCCCUUGGCUUGACUGUGGCCUCAUUUCUCAGAUGUUACGUUCUCCCUCUAUUUCCCAUUAUGAGAAACUGAGCUCAGAUCUGUACACUGAAACAGAAAGCACUCAAUCAAACAGGCUACGUGCAUACUUUAGUGUGAAAGUUAAUGUGUUUCAAUGAUAUACAACAUUACAACUUUUGAUCACGUGAUGUGCGCAGUAUAUUACAUACUCUACGUUUCCCCUGUAUAAAAUAAAGAAUGCAUAUACUGCCAGCCCGUAGGCUAUAUAGUUCUUAUGAUGAGAAAUAAAGGCAGAAUCUCUGAUAUUCGAUUUCAUUAUAAUCCUGACUGAGCUUGUCUUGAUCUUCAACAUCUCAUCGGUUUUUGAAGAAGCUGUGAUAUUGUCUGGCAUGACAACAAACUGCAUAAAAGACAAAAUAUUAACACAAUAUUUGAAAAUCUGCUGUUAAGACCAAGUUCUUGUAGCUUUCCUGUGGCUCAGUUGUGAGAGCACGGCGCGUUCAAUGUCAAGGUUGUAU